CCGGCAUCGCCGGGCUGCGACUUCCGAACCAUCUUGGUAGUUACAUCAUCCCGGAUAUCCAAAACAAUAAAACGAUGAUAAAGCAAAAAGUCCAGCCAAGAGGGGAAGGAACGUCCCGGAUAGCUCUGAGUCCGACAAGAUAGAUCGUACAGCUUCCUUCAUCUAUUCCAUCUGUUGCUUGUCUACCUGUCGUACUUGAAAUCGUAAGAGUGAAUCAUGCUCGCAUUGAGGAACGCGACUCUGCCGCGGACGCUGGCUUCUGGUGUUUCGCGACAGUACGAGUCGACUGCUGCAGCUGCUGUGUUGAGAGGACAUAAUCGGGAUACUGCGUCGAGGACUAAUGCUGGUCAAUUGACUUCGAGAACGCAAGCACGUUUCGUGACGAGGAGUAUCGAGAGCAACAAGGGAGAUCGCGAACGCGUUGUCGUCCUCGGCUCAGGCUGGGCUGGCUAUACACUUGCUCGCGACCUCGACCCUAAGAAAUACCAAGUCGUCGUCGUAUCACCUCGUUCCUACUUCGUCUUCACCCCCCUGCUCGCAUCAACAUCAACCGGUACCCUCGAGUUCCGUACAGCACUCGAACCUGUCCGCUCUCGCCGUACCAAGGUCGAGUUCUUCCAAGGCUGGGCCGACUCGGUCGACUUCGCAGCCAAGACAUUGAGCAUAGAGGAAGCAGUCGAGAGUCCAUGGCAAGGUGUUGCGUUGGCGGGCGAUGGUAGUGAAAAUCAAGAUGCGAAUCAAUUGGAAAAAGAGAAGGGUGUCAAGGCGAAGAAGGGCAAGAUGUUUGAGAUGAGUUACGACAAGUUGGUAGUGGCUGUGGGUUGCUACUCGCAAACCUUUGGAACACCUGGUGUCAAGGAAAAUGCCUAUUUCCUCAAGGACGUUGGUGAUGCCAGAAAGAUUCGCAACAGGAUGUUGUCUUGCUUCGAGACAGCCUCUCUUCCAACAACUAGCGACGAAAUGAAGAAGCAACUCCUCAAUUUCGCUGUUGUAGGAGGAGGCCCGACUGGAAUCGAGUUCUCCGCCGAACUCCACGACCUGAUCAGCGAAGACAUGGCCAAACUCUAUCCCGAGCUGAUGCAAUACUACAAGAUUACCGUCUAUGAUGUCGCCGAAAAGGUGCUCAGCAUGUUCGACGACAAACUAGCAAAAUUCGCCAUCGAACGCUUCACCCGCGAAGGCAUCGACGUCAAGACCUCCCACCACGUCAAAAGCCUACGCCGUGGUGCACCCAAGAAGCUCAAAGAAACAGCUAGUGGUGAUGAAGUCAUCAAGGACGAAGCAAGCUGCUACACCCUCGACCUCAAAGAAGAAGGCGAAGUAGGCGUUGGCAUGGUAGUCUGGUCCACGGGUCUAAUGAUGAACCCCUUCAUCAGCAAAUCCCUCGCAAAACCCUACACCAUUCCCAUAUCCAGCGCCGCAGUGGAAACACCCUCGGAUGCCAAAAGCUGGAACAUCUCUACUCACCCCCGCAGUGGUGGCAUCAUGACAAAUGAUCGAUUGAGAGUAAUCAUGCAACCCUCAGACCAAAAGGCCGACGACAAAGACACAGGCAGAGCCAUCAUCAACGACGUGUACGCUCUAGGCGACUGCGCCAUCAUGGAGAACUCAGCCUACCCAGCCACAGCUCAAGUAGCCAACCAAAAAGCUAGCUGGUUAGCCAAACAACUGAACCGCAAUACCAUCGACGCCAACGCAUUCACCUACAAAGAUCUAGGCGUCAUGGCAUAUGUAGGUAAUUGGAACGCGAUCAUGCAAUCUUCAGGCGGAGAUGUGAGUGGAAGAGUGGCAUGGUUGAUCUGGCGCGGUGCCUAUCUGGCAAAGAGUGUUAGUUGGAGAAACAGGAUUUUGAUCCCGACGUAUUGGUUUGUUAAUUGGGUGUUUGGAAGAGAUAUCUCGAGGUUUUGAGGGGGAAUGGUGAAGACGAGCGGUGGAGUAACGAGGACGUAUUUGUAUAUAUAGAAAUAGCAUUGAAGCCGAACUCCCUUCUCCUAGUCAGGCUUGACAUAAUUGUCCAAUAACAUACUUUUUUUGCAGUCCAUAAGCACCCUGUCGAAAGGCACCAAUAAUUUUAGAAAUCAACGACACGUCCAGUGAGAGCCAGGAAAUC